UCUUUUCAAUCUCCAAAGACGGAACCUGUUUUUUUUUUCUCUGUAGAAAUGGACUGCUGCUGCUGAUUCUUUGUGAAUAUUUCUAUUGGAUUCAAAGUUGAAAUCUUUGUAGAAAAAGUAAAAUCUUGAAGUUGUGUGUUUAUUGAGCUUUUUUGCAUAUUUGGGGUUUUGUUGUGAGGAAUUAAGUAGUGGUAAACAGAUGGGGGAAGAUUUGAUGACAAGUUUGUCAAUUGAUAAUUAUCAAUUAUCUACAUUCUUGUCUAUGGAUUCAAAUGCAAUUGCUGCUGCUGCUGCUACCUCUAAUGAGGAAUCAGACAGAGAUAUGAAUAAGGAGAUUGUGAUUUCGAGGCCACCGGAUAUUAAUCUCCCGUUAUGUAUGGAACGUAGCCCUACUCCUCGUCCUCCUCCACCACCUCUAUCUUGGAAUCACGACUUGUUUGAUAUGAUGGAGAUUGGACUUGGAAACCAGAUUAAUGAAUGUUUUGAGCUUCUUGAUUUGCCUAAUGUUGGAAGGAAUUGUGAUAAGAGAAUGGAUAGUGUUUGGGGUGCUUGGUUUUUCUUUAUGUAUUACUUUAGGCCUGUUUUGAAGGAGAAAUCUAAGUGCAAAGUUGUUCGAGAUAGUAAUGGGGUGUCGGGAUUUGAUAAGUCUCAUCUCCAGCUUGAUGUAUUUUUGGCUCAGGAUGAUAUGGAGAAUAUAUACAUGUGGGUUUUUAAGGAGAGGUCUGAAAAUGCGUUGGGGGAGAUGCAGUUGAGGAGUUAUAUGAAUGGACAUUCGAAGCAGGGAGAGCAUUCAUUUCCAUUUAGUGUUGACAAGGGGUUCAUCUGUUCUCAUAAAAUGCAGCGUAAACAUUAUAGAGGCCUCUCCAAUCCGGUGUGUUUGCAUGGAAUUGAGCUUGUUCCAUCACCCAAUUUAUUGUGUAUUGAUGAGGAAGAGCAGAAGAAGUGGAUGGAACUUACUGGUAGGGAUCUCAAUUUUUCAAUACCACCAGAAGCUAGAGACUUCAGUUCAUGGCGGAACCUUCCCAACACAGAUUUUGAGCUUCAAAGAUCGAUCCCUUUGCCAAAGAGCAAUUCUCAUCUUCCUUCGAAAAAAUUGCUUAAUGGUUCUAGUCUUAACUUGUCAACUCGACCAUCAAACCAUGUGAACAGCAAUGUUUUAGAGCUCUCAUCUGAUUGUGGUAAGAAAAGGAAAGACUUCUUUUCUCAUGGAAGUGAUGAAGAUUGUUUCUUGUCGGCUAAUCCCAGUUUAAACAGACAUCAAGAUGGACAACCACACACUAUUGCACCACAUUGGAUGAAUGAGUUUUCGGGGGUAAUGAAGGAUGUGUAUGGGCCAGCCGUUGCUGCAAAAGUUAUAUACGAGGACUCGGAAGGAUACGUGAUUAUGAUCACUCUACCUUUUGUUGAUCGUGAAAAGGUGAAAGUUCAUUGGUGGAACGAUACUAGUCAUGCCAUUAUAAAAAUAACAUUUGUGAGCACGGCAUGCCCCCCAUUCAUGGUGAGAAAUGGUAGAACAUUCAAGCUAACUGAUCCAUCUCCAGAGCACUGCCCUUGCGGUGAAUUCACAAGGGAAAUCUCACUUCCAACUCGAAUACCUGAUGAUGCAAAGCUAGAAGCAUAUUUUGACACGAGUGGAGCUGUACUUGAAUUGAAAGUUCCCAAAUAUGGCACAACCCCAGAAGUGCAUGAAGUUCCUGUUUCUCUUCGACCUCCAAAUGAGUUCAUGUUGUCAUGAGCUAGGUAUUGAUUGCAGAAAGUGUAGAGUAUAGUCAAGUUUUUAGCGCGAAAUUCAAUCAUUGUUGAAUUGCUACUCAGUCAAGGGCCUCACGUAUGAUGAUAUCACCUUAUUUAGAUCCUUUGCUGCUGCUCCUUUAAGGCUGUUCUGUUGCACUGCUGAGUCGAGUACACUGUGAUGCAGAGCGAAGCAUGCUAUUGUAAGUUCACAUAUGUGUAGCCAUUUUUAUUGAGUCAAGUCUAUAGGAAAAAAGAAAUGAUAAUCUUUCGUGGUCUGAAUUACAAUGAGCCAUUCUGUUACUCUAGGAAUAUGAAGACUUUGUUUCCGGCCUAGUGUUUUCAGACAACAAAAUCUACUUAUUUUCUAAAGUAGUCGUUUCUAAUGUUACAUAAUGCAAUAAAGCAUCUAUCCCAUGGCACCUUUGCGUGAACAUGUAAUAUGAAUCAGGUAUUGAAUACCAGCUCAUAAUUAUCAGAAGUGCAAAAUGAACCAUACCAUUUUGAGCUGGAUUGUUUUCUCUAUUA